AUGCCCAGAAAAGUAGCACCAGCUCCUCCAGAGUUCACGACACCGCCGGGUACGGUCCGGCUCAUUGGUGAGGAUGGUCUUGCCGAAACGCCUCAAUUGGUGAAGCAACCGAUGCCGACUGACGACCCCAACGAUCCUUUGAACUGGUCGCGUGCUCGCAAGUCUAUGAACUUUGUUCCCAUUCUCGCAGUCACGGCCAUCAUCUUUACCCAGACUUCCUUGCCGCUUAUCUUCUGGGUCCUCUGGAAUCAGGAAUUUGGAUGGUCUUACGGUCAACUCAACAACGCGAACGCCCUCAACUAUGUCGGAACCACUGUUGGUUGUAUCCUAUUCAUUCCUCCGGCGGUGAAGUAUGGCCGUCGGUCGAUGUACCUGCUUACAACAGCCAUCAUCUUUGCCAUGGCCAUCUGGUCGGCGCGCAUGAAGACCCUGACAGAAUUAUACGUAUCACAGUUGAUCUUUGGACUCGCUAGUGCGACCAACGAGAGCAUUGUCGAGAUGACGAUUGCCGAUUUGUAUUUCGUCCAUCAACGUGGUAGUGCAAAUGGUCUAUAUAUGGUGAUGGUCAUGAUUGGUAGCUUUCUGAGCCCCGUAAUUGCAGGAUACAUGGCCGCGGAUGGAAACUGGAGGCGCUGCUAUUGGAUCACCACCGCAGUUGACGGCGCUCUUUUACUCUACUUCUGUUUCUUCUUCGAGGAGAGCAAGUACAUACCGCGUCUAGAAGCUCAGCAACUGUCCUCCGAGGUCCCAACUCCUAUCCCAGCCACGAAGAAGGACAACAUCUCGGAAAUACAGAGUGGCGAGAUGAGCACAUGUAUCACACUGGAAACAUCGAAUGCCCCAUUACAUCGGAUCAACUCGGAUAUACCGCUUCUCACAUGGCGUCAACGCAUGCGACUGGUCACAAAAACCGACGAAAGCUUACUUGGCGUUGUACGGACCGCUGUCGUUAUCUUGUUCCGCUUCCCAGCCGUCAUGUACACAGCCCUUACGUAUGCCUUUUGCCUCUGUUGGAUCUCCGCUCAAGCGUCAAUUAUCUCUAUUGUUUUCACACAGCCACCGUACAAUUUCGGUACCGUUGGGGUUGGGAAUAUGAGCCUAGGAGUAUUUAUUGGCUGUAUUUUGGGCUCAGCCUACGGUGCAAUUUCCGAUCGAGCUAUUCUUUGGUUCACACGAAAGAACUACGGGUAUUACGAACCGGAAAUGCGACUUCAGCUGAACCACUUCCCAGCAGUUUGUAUGAGCGGUGGUUUUAUCAUGUUCGGUAUCACUACAGCAAAGGGCAUGCAUUGGAUAUACCCCAGCAUUGGUAGCGCCAUCUUCGGUUUCGGCCUUGGUGGUUUGAGUGAUGUUGCGCUUUGCGUGACCAUCGACAGCUAUCAAGCGAUCACCGGAGAAGCAUUUAUCGGGGUCGCCUUUAUGCGCAAUGCCUUCAGCAUUGCCAUUUCGUUCGCCCUUGUUCCAUGGCUUGAUGCUCAAGGCCUGCAGAAUAUGACGAUUGUCAUGGGGUUAUGGGCAUUGGCUAUGGCAUUUCUUCAUGUUCCAAUGAUGAUCUGGGGAAAGAGGAUCCGUGAGAAGACUGAGGCGAGUUACAAGAGGAUGGCAACAGGAACGAGGGUGUAA